ACAGUGAUGGUACCGCCCCUUCCACUUUACUCCUUCCUCCACGAGUAGUCUGUUGCCCAACCUGCCUCUGGUUGUAUGUUCUACUUUGCUCAACGCACACCCUUGUACAACCGGCAGAAAAAAAACCUUCGCGAUUACUAAUGCCAUUUGGAUUCGCUUCGCUUCAUUUUUCGUUGCAACAACGAUGCAGGAAUUGGGCGUUGAUGCAUGAAAGCACAGACAGAAUUAACAACACUUCGGACAGCUUUACAGCCAAGAUUACAGAAAUCUUUUCUGACAAGGAGUGACUGUUCGAGAAACAGUGCUGCAGGCAUAAACGAAAAAAGUAAUAAAGGGACAGUUAUUUAGCAACGAUAGGGCGGUCUUUUGAACCGGAUAUUGAGGCUCAGCCGCUUUUCAAACCCGUUUGAAGACCGUCGCACUUUUCUCCAAUUUUAAGCUUACGCCAGACGGGACUAUGUUUACCCUGCGUGACUGCACUGUCUAACUAGAACCCAUAGCGUCAAUGCACUUACCGGACGACAGCACUUUGAGCCAGCAAGACAGAUUCGGCGAGCUUGGGCUUGGGGACACUUCAUUUUUCACUGCUGUUGUCUGUGAUUACCACACGGUCAACGAGAUUGUUGGCUAGAAAAGGGCUUUGACUCGUUCAUUAACUUCACGAAAAAGCAGGAAGGCCGAAAACUACGGAGACCAGCACUAGAAAGCGAAACCAGAAACGGGCUUAGAAUUGAUGGCAAGCGGCAAAGGGGCACGGAUCGCUUCUCCGGUUUCGAGCAGUAUCAUAACAUGAGUGUUACUGCACGCCGUGCUGUAAAACAAGUGGACGUGUGGCAAGUCUUUGAGAUCCUUGGGUUAAUUUUCUGAACAGCGAUCAGUAUCGGCAUCAUCGUUGAAACCAUGGUUCACUGGCAGGAAACUAGUUCUAAGAAGCCAGCUCAUUGAAGUAGACGUAAAGCUCUGGUGUUGUCAACUUCCGCAUCUUCGUUGAUACUCAGCACGGGGGCUCCUUGCUGACCUGGCUUCCUGUGUAAAUCGCUUCUCGUUAUCUUUCAAUUGGUCGUCUUUCGGAGCAGCGCACUGACUGUUCACCAUCUCUAUACUGCGUUAUCGAGCUUCUCUGGUUCAAGUUAGGCGACGCAAGCAUCAGCUGCAGACAGAGACGACAGAACACAAUGCCACGCUAUGAUAGUAGAUUCUUCAAAGAACAUUGCCCUGCAGAGAGAGAGAAUCCAAGCUUGACUAAAGUUGAACUGCAGCAGCUACCCAGUACUCCAAAAGAACCAAAGCUACAGUUUUAGGAAAGAGCAACAGUCCAGCAAUCUGUGGGGGAAACAAUUUUGUGUGGACUGAGUUUGUCAAGAUCAGCGCUCAAAUGGUGUCGCACGUCGAAGAUGUUGCGUACCACUGGCACGAGGGUAACAUCACCGCAGUCAUGGGUGGUGCUGGGGUUACAAGCCCAAUCGACUCUUCCGUAAACGACACUGACUUCGCCUAUGACCCUGGGGUCGUAAUGUUUUUCAGCGUGAGUCAGGUUCUCUUCCCAUUGAUGUAUGUCCUUCUUGCCAUUGUGGGUCUAGUCGGCAACGCUGCAGUGCUUUUCAUCAUCGUAUGUCACCCAGACAUGCAGACAGUGACUAACUAUUUCAUAGCAAACCUGGCCAUCACAGACAUCUUCACUUUGGUGAUGUGCACAUUGCCUACCGCACUCUACGCAGCGGGUAUACUGUUCCCGGUACCCGCCACCUGCAAAGCCAUCAACUACAUUCAGUAUGUAAUGGUGCAGGCAACGUGUUGCACAUUGACAGCAAUGUCAAUCGACAGGUACAACCUGAUUGUCCAUGCCGUGCAAUCCAGAAAAAGCCGGACCACCAGCAAGGUCAUCAUUAUCAACACGUUCAUAUGGGCAGCAUCUUUUCUGCUUCACUGCCCUGUUGCCAUCUACUCAAACAUUACGCAUCACAAUAUAUGUGAGACGUUUUUCCCAACCGUAUUGGCCGAGAAAGUGUUCCAUACCUUCGCCACGAUGACGAUGUACGUGCUUCCGCUGUCCAUCAACCUCGUGUGCUACAUCAGUAUUCUGCACCAAGUUUGGACAAGGACGUCGCUGGGGACAGAGAGCGCGCAUGCACAGGAGAGGUCGGUCAGACGCAAGCGGAAGAUCACGCGCAUGGUCUUUGUAGUGGUGUUGCUCUUUGCCAUUUGUUGGGCGCCUGCGCAAAUCGUCCGGAUGUGGCAGACUUUCGACUAUGUCAAUUACAACAAUCUGCGGUUCACCCGUAUCCAGUUAAUGGGGUCGCUUGAAUUUGUGGCUUUGUGCCUUGCCUACGCCAACAGUUGCGUUAACCCAUUCGUCUACGCCUUCACGACGACGAGUUUUAAAAAGUACUUCAAAAAAGUUUUCAGACCAUGCUGCAGGUUUUCAUACAGACAAGCCAGAUCAACGAGUACUAUGAGUCCGUCGACAUCCCGGGUGUCAAAGGUCCUCACUAGGGAAGAGUCGUCCGUGUAAAAUUAGAAUUUAGAAAUAUACCCACAAAGGAGAGACUUACAAAAAGUUUGUUAAAAAAAUCAUUCUAUGAGCUUUAGGGGUAAAAAACUACAGUGCUAUACUUUAAAUGGCCGUAGACCUGUGGAAUAGCUCUAACCAGGAUAGACACGUUGCAGCUUAUUAUAAGCUGAUCCACUCACGAUGUCACUGAACUCACAAUGGUCUACUGCAAUGAGGAAUAGUAGUGUGCAUGCUGAGGAGCACGUGCGAUGCAUUUUGCCAUUAACCAGGACCUGUCAAUGUAUUUUUGGAAUCGCCAAGACGGUCCGUCAUGGAAACACAGAUUUGCCACCCUGUAGAUUACCUCAUUGAUACGAAAGUUAACCACCUUUCUGCCCUUAACAUAAGACUGCCCAUGACAGACCUGGUAACCUGACACAUGUCCAUUGCAUGGCCAGAUCCAUUGAAUAAGAAUGGACUUGAAAUCUUAAACACAUUGCCUUAACAACAAGCCAAAUAUAGGUGUUGUCGCAAGGUUUGGGGCUCAAAAUGACAUCCAUUCAAGUCCGGUACCAAAUCCCCCAAAGCCAAUAGGCAAAAGGGGUGAUAGGAAUUUCUCCUCACACUUUUAGCUGUGCGGAAUGUAUUUUCAGGUAGGGAAGCUUUGACGCUGGGAAUUUUAAACCAACAACGGAUUUUGAACAACAGAUAAACGGCUUGCACUGCCUUUGAGCACAAAACCCCUUGAGAUUAGUUUUAGGGCUAUCUUGGAUGGCUCAAAGGUGAGAUCGUCAUUCCACGACCUUACUAAGCUCACGAUUGAGCUUGCUUUACCAAACGAUGUCGCCCAAUUUGCCUUCCGUCAUUCGAAUGUGGGUACACAUUAAUCUUGUGUUAUUGCAAUAUGUAUUUGUGUUUUUGUUCUCAAGUCGACAGCAUCUCUGAAGUUUGAAAUGUGUUCCAUUAACAAGUCUACCCUUGGAGUGCUUUUGGCAUUCUUGUUUACGACUCGAAAGAUCUACGCUGGCUGAAGUGGGAAAUGAUCCUGGCCGGAUGCUCAGAUUUUCCAGUUUGUGGCAGCUCUGUAGCUUCGGGGGCUUUUGUCAAAUUGAAACAACUUCAGAGUAAUAGAAGGGUGAUUAUCUAGCGCGGGUAAAAUCAAUGCUUGAUGUCAGGAGAGAAAUACAAAAUGAAGACAGCCUUAAGAGGGUAUUCUUCUGACGUAGAAUUUGGCGCUCGGUGCUAGAUAUAAGCCUCAGGGCAUUCAGAGUCGACUUUUGAAGAGGGAGAGAAAAAAAAACCACUUUUCCUUUUUUGAAUUUGAGACGAUUGCAGCUUCGAAGCUUGACAGUCUGCGUGUUUGUUAGGCAAAAUAAUGGUAUCUUCUAAAAAGUCAGCUAUCUUUUUCGAAGAGGAGGCCUUUAUCUAGGUUCGUUUUCUCUUGUAUAUUUUCACGCGUUUGUGUAUGUUUGUUCUAAAGUGGUCGUUGAAUUUAGUAAUGUUAAAUGCAAAUUCAUGAUAUUUGAUUAUGAUUAUAAGUGUUUUGAUUUCAAUAAGAAGGACUUAUCAGACAGACAGAAAGACAAAGAGACUGACACAACUAACGGACUGACAAACAGAUUGUAUGAGUGGAAUGGCGUAUACUAGAGCAUUAUAAACAGCAGCCGUAGAUUAGGUUAGGGUGGUCCACUCCAAUGCCUGUGAAACUGACAAUGACCAGUGCCAUGGAGAAUCGACCAUUUAAACAAGGUACCUGAUACGACCUCUCAUUUGAAUUAAGUGAGCAGGUGUAUUUAUGCGUAAAAAAGGUAAAACUAUCCGUGCUGGCUACGUGACUUUCGCCUGAGUGUCCGUCUUUACAUUGCUCGACGUACCCAGGACACGGGCACCUCUUGAUAAUUGAUAAAAGCUGUUGGAGCAACUGUAAAUACGAAAGCCAGAGCAUGCCUGGCGAAAAUGACUUAAGGGCAUAUUUAAUGUAAUAUAAUAGUAAAUAUACAAAUGAUAUGCAUAUAUACUUUGCAUGUUUACGUGUAGAAAAACUCCAUUUUCCCGACCACAAAACUUCGCAAACGUUAUCUGUGAGGCAUUUGCUCCUGGCCAUGAUUUGUUGAUAACAGCCCAAAGAAUAAUGACAAAUUCCGGACCAGCAGACACAGAAGCUCAUAGAGUAUAAGGAACGUCCAAAGGUUUCGUUUCUCUUACUUGCACACCGUAAAUCUGAUUUUAGGUUAUGCGUGAUAUUCUCUUUCACACAUUGCCAUCUGUCUCGGUUUACAUCUGAGAAACAAGUCUUUUUGUUUUUUGCCUUGAAUUUUCUUUUCAUUCAAAGGGGGGGUGUCUACGUGAAAAGAGAACACAGAGAGAAAACGUCAAUAUGAUCAUACAUUAAGCAAGAUUCAGUAACGUAAACACUAAGAAAAAAUAUGAUGCAGUGUUGAGGUUGCUACGGUAAUCAAAUUUUAAGGUCCGUAGUGCGGCACAGUUGCCAAAUGCAUUCAACCCACUGAUCAAAAGUGUUGAUUAUUCCACCUUACUAAAUUCGAGAGGCCGCUUUUCCCUAUUUCCUUCCUGAAUGCUUUUUAAUAUUCAUAAGCAUCAUUUACAUUUUACAUGUAACAGACAUUUACCAGAGCUGGUGGCAGCGAGCACAUCAUAAUAUUAAAUAUAUUUUUAAGACUGUGCACAUGCUUGAUUCAUUGUGUAUUAUUUAUUGUUAAUCUCCAUUCACGUGAAGAAAACUGUAAUCUUCUUCGACGUAAAUACAGAUUUUUAUUUUUAAUGAUAACGGCUUUAUAAAGACCAAGCUAAUACUCAAGUGGUUACAUGUUGCGUUGUAAUACGGAGUGUUGAGUAUAGGGCAUUGUAUCUGUAGACAUGUACGUGUUGUCCCCUUGUACCUCUGCCAGUGUAACUUAACCAUUCGACCCGAAUCUCUCUCGCCAAUCAAUCCAUUUCACAGCGGGUGCACACGGUUCGUUUGUGCACAGACCUUCGGAGGUAGGUUGUCACCUUGAGGAGUUAACAAUGGAUCAGUUAGUUGCUCGUUGACUGCGUCAAGCUCAAACGACGCGAGCUCCAUUACCUGUCUGCUUACUGCAUAAAUGUUUUCAAAUUAAAGGCAACCGUUAGUGGCAGCCUGUGGUCGAAUUCCUAACGACACAAAUUAUUGCCAACUUAUAAACCAUAAUUCAGUCCUUAGUAGCCAUAAAUCCAGGCCAGGCAGAAGCGAUGGACAUCGGAGAUAUUGAGCCCUGGGGCUGGGGCAAUAUUUAUAGAGAGUUAAGAAAGGGGUGACUUAUCCAUUAGUGAUGGAGGCGCAUGAAGUAGUCUCACCCAUGCAGUUAAAAUUUGAAUCAUUUUCGGUGUAAAGUGUCACCCAAAAGUAUGAUUGUCAAAAUGGCGGAAUUCUGUCUGUCUGGUCAGGGCACAUCUGUUGUAUUAUGAGACGUGGGUGUGUGAAUGUAUUAAUUAAGGUGAUCGUAUUGUUGCGGGAGGGAAUAAGGUCAUUCGUCCAAGUCAAGUUGAGGACAGGUUGUGGACAUUGUUGAGGGUUAAUUUGCGGGAUUUUUAACCAUCUUGUCCGCAAUCUCUCCGCAAUAAUGCAGUUAAUUUGUUUGCAUAAUGUCCCCCCUCUGGGGUUUUGAGCAAAGCUGGUCACUCAAGGACACACUCACUGCACUAGCAUUUAACACUGUCAUAGCACAACUUAUAUGGUGCCACCUGCUGUGUGCACAGAGGCAAAAUAUAAACAACCAUUCACUCAUCGGCGACAAAUCGUCCACGACUUGUCCGGCACGAGUUUCGGGAUGGUCCCUAUAAGGAUUUGGUGAGACCAAGGAGUAAGAUUAUUGUGUUGGAUGUUCAGUCAUUAGCAAUUCUUUCCUGUUGCCUUGUUCCUACCCACUAUAUAGAUUUAUCAUGUUUUUAAACAAGGUACUUCAAGUUGUUUAAGUUGUAAAAGGGUACCCGCAAACGAUGUAUUCACUUGGAUCAAACUGCGGUCCUGGCCCGAAUUUUUUUUAUGAGAGACUUCCAUUAAGCAUCUUUUUCCCUGCAGUAACAGGCCAAAGAAAAAUACGGGAAGCGAAUGAAAUUUGAACCGACGUUUAGCAGGCCAAUAAUCCGUCCAAGUGGAUAUCAAUUGCAAAGUAUCAAAAUGCUAAAAAUUGUACAUUUUGGUCACCUAGGCAUAUUGAUUUUGUUGUGACAGGCCCCAUUGUGACCUAUUGCAUUUCUGUCGGAGCUAUCCCAUUUGAGAAGAUAUGCAUUUCGCAACCAGUUACGUUUCACAGUUGGAAAGUCCGUCGGCAGACUGUGUGCAGGGUUUGUUCGUCUUCUUAUUCUCUCUGCGUGGGUGUUCGUCUAGAGAUCGCUAAGGUUUACUGGCAUAUCAUGGUUGCGCUUUUCUGUAGGCAAGAGUAGCCUACUUUGAUGCCGAUAUUUAUGUUCAUGGAUUCCAUGCCUGUUUGGUUAAAGAUAAGCGUUUAAGUCAUUGCUAAAACUUCCUAAUAAGAAAGCUGAAUGGGUUAUACCUUUUACAACCACUUUUGGCUUGAAAUAUUUGUAUUAGGCCUAUGUGUUUAAAAAUACCUGAUGUAACGGGACAUUCAGUGUACACCUACUAAGGCUGCAACACACUUAAUAUUUAUGUUGUUGAUAUGAUUAUGUUAUCUUGCCUGUAUCAAGUCGUCAACUUAAUUCAAGAUUAUCCUAUAGGUGGCGCUGCAAUUUUCAAAGGUGAAGACCAGUUGCAUGUAUAAGUUUGCCCUUUGCUCAUGGCAGUUUCAUUUGACAUUUUAGAGCAUUUACUGAAUUUGGCCUACUGCCUUAGGAAGCAAGAGUUGGAUUAAGUAACAAGUGAAGGGAAAAUUUAAAUUAAAUACUGUUAAGCUAAAUUAUAUUCUGUCAUUUGCUUUUAACCAAAGAAAUCAUGUCAUCAUAAGUUUUGAAUCUCCACACACAUCUUACAAUGAAAAUGUAUUUUCAGUGUACUUUCUGCUACAGUGAGAGGUUUUUUGUUUGUUUUUUUCACAUUUAUGAACUUAUUACUGGUGCAUUUUCAACAACUUAGCCGAUUAAGACUUCACCCUGACCUUUAUAAGUCAAUUCACUAAACAUUUGCAUUUGGAGUACACAAAAGUGGAAUUAAUAAAAGGUCAAAAAUCCCUGUCUUGAUUAGACGGGUUCUUAUAUUGUUUUCGCAUACCAGCUGGAGAAUUAAGGUGGCGUGCUGGUUGGGGGGGGGAGUGUUGUAAGUCGCCCCUGGUUGGUCAGUGUAGACUAAUGAGGGAGAUAUCGGGUGGUAACCCCAUCGCAUCUACUUGUACAGCUGACUGCAUCACGCGAUACUCUAGCUCAAAAAUAUGACAUUCAGGACCCUACGAAACGGACAAAUGCGGAACAAAGAGAGGAGAUAAAAAGAUCUGGGAACGUGUACACACAGCUGAAACAUGUCCAAGACAAGGGCGAGUGGCAAUCGGAGACGACGGCAUUGUUGCUGAGACGGAGAGGUAAAACGUUGCUGUAUGUCAAGGGAAAGGUUGCAAGUCAUUUUCCAGGGAGAAGACAAGAAAUUAUGGGUGAAAACGAUGUGAAAUCCUGCAGAGAGUGUGACACACCAUAAGGUGUCUCGAAAAAGGGUAAAUUGUUGCACUUGAACAGACAUUCUAAUGACAUUUAAAGGCUGUAGACUCGUAACAGCAAAAUGCCAGCAAGGGGAAAGUGCGCUGGCCUGCUGUGAAGCCUAAUACUCUUUCAGAACUGUUGAAAUUUUGAUGCCAUGGCAUAAUGGCACACAACUGAAUGUCAGGUGUGUGUUAUUGUAUCAAGACAAACUGCGUGUAACUUGUAAAUAGGUAUAUACACAUUGUAUUAUUACAUUUCUUGUGGUGCCACAUAUUCCCUGGUGGAUGAAUAAACGUAUCACUUGUCCUUUUCCAUAAA